ACAAUCACAGACGUUAAGUACGCGCGCCUAUGGCGACUCCGCACUCUAGCGUAGUUAGUAUACAUCUCUAUGCAUCACACAGAUACAUGAUCACGACCGUGUUCUCUCUUACUUAUUGAGCUGGAAAGGAAAGAUAAAUAAUAACGAUGUCUGUGAAUCAAAUUGAGAUCAUAGAAAUAGACAAAUGGAUCGAAGAGAAUAAGAAGUUUUUUCUCCCACCUGUGUGCAACAAGAUGAUGUUCCAGUCUGUGCCUCGAUGUCAGGAUACUGCCACACGAUAGACCUUCAUCCAUAUAAUCGUGGCACAGUGAAGGGCAGAUGAAGUCUUUCUUUGUUGGUGGUCCAAAUGUCAGGAAAGAUUAUCACAUAGAAGAAGGAGAGGAGCUUUUCUACAUGAAGAAGGGGGAUAUGUGCCUUAAGGUUGUUGAGCAGAACAAACAUAAAGAUAUUCACAUCAGAGAAGGAGAGAUCUUCCUAUUACCAAGCCGUAUUGCUCAUUCUCCUCAGAGGCAAGCGGACACGAUUGGCUUAGUGCUGGAGAGAGAACGUGCUGAGGAAGAGAAGGAUGGACUGAGGUACUAUGUAGAUGGCACCCUAGAGAGACUGUAUGAAGAAUGGUUUCAUUGCGUGGAUCUCGGUACCCAGCUAGCCCCUGUUAUCAAACGAUACUUUGCGUCAGAGCAGCACAAGACUGGGAAGCCAAUUGAAGGAACUCUUCCAGAAAAUCCACCAGUUACCUUGGAUUCAGAGAUUAAACUUGAUGACCCUUUCAUGCUCCAAGAGUGGAUUGAAGACAACCGGGAGGAGAUUGAUUCCAAAGGUUCAAAGUCUCUGUUUGGAGAUGAUAAUCAAUUUAGUGUCGUGAUGUGGGGAGCUGGAUCUGAGUCGGGUGGUUGUGAGGCGGCAGAGGUCUGGCUGUGGCAGCUGGAGGGAAAGUCAGACGUUGGUGUUGGUGAUGUCAAGGUUAAGAAGUAUGAACUCAACAAAGAUGAAUGUAUGCUGAUACCGAAAGGAACAACAUAUACAGCCACAAGGGAGAAGGGUUCCCUCUGUUUGGUGUGCUUCCAAGAUCCUAGACGCAAGAAACCGGUAGCAGCUAAGCCAUCAGGAGACCAGUGAAACUCAUCUUCUACACAUCCCUAAAGCCCAGUGCACACUAUGCCAUCAGAUGCGACAGGAUUUUUUAGUAAAUCGCAUUUUGUAAUAAAUAUUAAAGUUCCAGAUGUAAAAAUUAUUUCAUUUGAAUUUUGGCAUAAUGUUAGGUAUAAUAAAAUCAUUAUUUUGCUUUGCAGCAAGCCAUGUGGCCGGAAAAAAAAUAAAAAUUGGUUUCAAGUCGCAGCCGAUGACAUCAUUUGGAUGAUUUGGAUUUGAAUUUGCUUUCAUUCCUACAGGGAGGCUCGAACUAGACUGAAUUUCGAUUUCAGUAGUCCUACCAAUAUUCUCAUCUCUGAUCACUAAGAUUUUAUUGGUUGAAAUGUUCAUAUCAAAUGUUAUUACAAUUUCUUUGAAAUUGGGAUCGCAACGAAUCACAUAGUGUGUGCUGGGCUUAAUGGCUGAGCUGCACAGAGAGAAGAUUGAAAUUAAUUGAAAUAUACUGCUACACAAAGGAAAAUUUUGUUUUCGUCGCAAGUUUUAUAGGUCUAUAUGAAAUUUUUUUUUAUACCUUAAAGGUAAAGAUGAAUUGCAAAUAUAUUGCUCUAUAAGGGGUAAACAAGUUUCACCUCAGUAUAUUGAAUUUUCUUGGAGGUAGAAAAAAAAAGAUAUGAGAUAUCUAUAUCAUGUUUCUUUCAAGAAUAGACAUUGCUUUGACGAUUUAUAGGAAGGAUUGAAUUUUACUGCUGGAUAUGGGAAAUAUAUAUAUAUGUUAUCCAAGAAAGAUCUACUGCCAUAUUAUAUAUACUGGAUAUAUUUGAUAACUAGUUAUACAAAUUCCAAGAGUAGUACACUUAUUAAAUGUACAAAUGCCAUUCUAGAGUAUAUUUUUAUUAUUUUCUGUAUUUCUGAAAUUUAAUGAGGCUAUGAAGAAAUAUAACUUUGAUUAACAAUCAGUACUGAUAAUUCCUGUCUUGAAUAGUAAAUGAUUUCUUAAAUUUAUUUUUAUCUGAAGUUAUGAAAUUUAUGGUAGAUAUGUAAACACCACAGAUCUGCCCAAACAAUACAGAUGUUACUGUAAUUAUAUAAACAUAUGAUCAUUUUGAUGGCAUAAAGGAACUUGGCAGAGCCAAUAAACUGCAUCAUGUUGCAGCAUUAUUUGUGAAUAUAUGAGCUCCACUUAUGUGCUAUCACAUUUCUUUUUAUGCAAGUGCUUCAUUUGUUACAUAUAUGAAUAACACUGCGCUUUUUUAUAGAUAAUGUUUAAUGGCUGUAAACUAGCUCACCCCAGUUAAUGUAUAUCCCGAUCAAAAUACAUUUUGAUGCAUAUGUGAACAGGGGUGUAUUGCUUUGGCUUUAUGGCAACAUUUCUUAAUGGGACCUUUAGGGAGGUUUUGAAGCAUGUGAUGGUGCACAACAAUACAGCUUUGUAAGCCAUUCUCAUGCCAGGGACUCUUUCAUGAAGCUGUUUUUAGAGAGUUACUCAUGAUUACGAGCAAAUGAAUCAUGUUCUUGGAUGCUAUAUCAGAUUCUCAAUUUUUGUCUCACCUGCAUAGCAGAGUGAGACUAUAGGCGCCGCUUUUGCGGCGGCGGCAUCAACACCAAAUCUUAACCGAAGGUUAAGUUUUUGAAAUGACAGCAUAACUUAGAAAGUAUAUGGACCUAGUUCAUGAAACUUGGCCAUAAGGUUAAUCAAGUAUUACUGAACCUCCUGCCGAGUUUCAUGUCACAUGACCAAGGUCAAAGGUCAUUUAGGGUCAAUGAACUUAGACCAUGUUGGGGGAAUCAACAUCAAAAUCUUAACCUAAGGUUAAGUUUUUGAAAUGUCAUCAUAACUUAGAAAAUAUAUGGACCUAGUUCAUGAAACUUGGACAUAUAGUGAAUCAAGUAUCACUGAACAUCCUGCAUGAGUUUCACGUCACAUGACCAAGGUCAAAGGUCAUUUAGGGUCAAUGAACUUUGGCCAAAUUGGGGGUAUCUGUUGAAUUACCAUCAUAACUUUGAAAGUAUAUUGAUCUAGUUCAUAAAACUUAGACAUAAGAGUAAUCAAGUAUCACUGAACAUCCUGUGCGCAUUUCAGGUCACAUGACAAAGGUCAAUGAACUUUGGCUAUAAUGGGGGUAUCUGUUGAAUUACCAUCAUAACUUUGAAAGUUUAUGGAUCUGACUCAUGAAACUUGGACAUAAGAGUAAUCAAGUAUCACUGAACAUCCUGUGCGAGUUUUAGGUCACAUGUUCAAGGUCAAAGGUCAUGUAAGGUCAAUGAACUUUGGCCAUGUUGGGGGUAUUUGUUGAAUUACCAUCAUAUCUCUGUAAGUGUAUUGGUCUAGUUCAUAAAACGUGGACAUAAGAGUAACCAAGUAUCACUGAACAUCUUGUGCGAGAUAUAGUAGUUUUCAAAGUCAACACUGCUGCUAUAUUGAAUCACGUGAUGCAGGUGAGACCGCCAGAGGCAUUCCACUUGUUUUAAUUCUCACUAGCUGAGCUUGAAAUAUAAAUUUUGCCAGUUGAAUUUCUUGUUUUUAGCAGGCAUUAAGAAUGAAUGCAGUGUUUAUUAUUUUUUCAUUCAGAAUGUGAUAAAAGAGCCGGGAAAUUUUUGGGUAUGUCAUUUACCAAAAGAUCACAUAACAAUUGUUCAUCAUGUCCUAUGUACCUUUUUGAACCGCUGUAUGAAGCAAUCACUGCUAUGUCAGGUAAGGCACCUUACCAAAUGCCCAUGCCAUGUUUGUAAGCAGAAAUCCCUCUAUAAAGUCACUUAGCGUCUUUUGCAGCAGCUCUCCAACAUUCCAUAUUGUUAUGUCUAUGACGAAAUGUAACUAUUUACAAUGAAUGAAAUGCUUGCUGGAUUUGUCAGCCUAGCUCAGUGAUAUUUGUGCAAUGAAUGGCAAGGUUGCUGGUUCAAUUCCCAGAAUGAUAUAGAUUUGAUAUUAAGUGUACCGUACCGACGUUGCACCAUUCAGUUUUGGAGGCAUGAUGCCAAUUUGUAUAUCCUGAAAUAUUUUUCAUUUAUGUCAAAUAGACUUCCCAAAAGUCUGCAUGUUUUAACUAGUAUUCCUUGAAAUUUGUUAUUUUAUUAAUCUAGUUUGGCCAAUUAUAAAGUGCUGAAAGGGGGAAAUUCCACCCUGAAAACAAGGUGAUUUAAUAAAUGUAGGAGCAGCAAGAGAAGCAUGUCAAGAAGGUUUAGUGAAAAUGCCUCAAAUGAGAACAGAUCAUGGAGUUAUAAAUUGUCACAGUUUUACUUUUGUGACAUCACUUUCAAUCUGCUCUGCCUAAUCUGUAUAAUGAAUCCCAUUUAUUUGCAUAUUUAAGGGUUCAUGACAAUGCACAUAAUGGGUUUUUGUUCAUAGAAAUUUUAACAAAGUAAUGUUGUUUUUUUAUUGAUGCAAAGAUAGAGUAAUUUUUAAAAAUAUGAAGAAAAUGGCAUUUUAUGGAAUUCAUCAGAUACAUGACAAGUGAUGUCACAAAAAUAAAACAAUAAAAAGAGCAAUAUUCUGAUAUAAACUUUGAUGGAUUUUUUUCAAAUUUCAUUGAUUCAUAAUUUUCUAUGUUUUUGCCUUUAUUAGAACCAACAAAUGUCUAGGUAACCCUCAAGUUUGGUAAUCCCAAACACCUUGUUUUACUCUAUUUUACUUUAUUUAGCAUGCAAGAGGCCACUAGGCCUCACCUGGCAGCUGAGAAUACAAAUAGGUGAUUCAAUUUACUGUACACAAUUUUUUUUUUUACUUCAGAUUUAUAUUUAGAUUCUAUGUCUGACAUUUGUAAGCGCUGUGAUACUUGUAUAGCGCAUAUAUGAAUAACCAUUAUUAUUAUUAUUAUCAUCAUUAUUUAUUCUUUUUCCACUAUAUCCAAUUCAUCAAUUAUAGGUGGUAGAAAUCAAAUCUUCUGUAAUAAUUUCUGUAAAACAAUCAGGUGAAUUUUUCAUUACUAUACUUACAAUUGUUCUUUGAGAUGAAGGUAGGGUCUAUUCACUGGCAUAUUUUGCGUUUGACUUUUUACAUGUAUUUUCAUAAUAAAAAUGUGUGAAAAUUGA